ACAGUCUGUAUUGCGCGUAACGUUACAAAACAUUCGGUUUCAUACGUCACUGAAUGUAGUGAAAAUGCGUGUCUGUGCACGUGUAGAUGUGUUGGUCUGUGACCAAUUUCCCGAUCUGAGGGUGAAUGUAAUGUAGAUCGUUUUACAUCUGCAGAGAAAGUAGACUUUUAAUGGCGCGAGGAACGGCUCAGACAGAUUCCUCUGCGUCGAAGCAGACGAAGAAAGUCAAUUCAAAGAAAAGACCGAAUGAAGAACAAACUCAAACACUCUCCAAGAAGCUAAAAGCCAAGCAAGAAGGCAAGACAACACCAAAAUCGGAAACCUACAUACAAGCAAGUGUCAAAUGGAUUGGAGCACAGAAAAAAGUGGGCCAAACAAGUAUCCUUCACUACAUUUACAAAAGUUCCUUGGGACAGAGCAUACAUGCUCAACUGCGCCAGUGUCUGCAAGAGCCUUUUAUACGCUCACUUAAAUCCUACGAACUUCACCGCACUGCCAGCCCCUUCGAUCGGAGGGUCACUUGUCUGGAAUGGCAUCCCACCCAUCCUACCACUGUUGCAGUGGGCUCCAAGGGUGGAGACAUCAUCCUGUGGGAUUAUGAUAUGCUGAAUAAGAGAACCUUCAUACAGGGGAAGGGAGCUGGUGAUUUUAUAGGGGGGAUGAAGUUCUGCCCCACAGAUGUGUCCAAAAUCUUUGUUGCUUCUGGUGAUGGCACAGUCAGCAUGCAGAGUUUUGAGGGCCUCCAAAGUCAGAUAUUGUCUCGAACCCCAGAUUGUGGCCAUGACCACCAUGAUCUUUGUUACUGGUACUGCUGUGUGGACGUGUCUGUUAGUCGUCAAAUGCUUGUAACUGGAGACAAUACUGGACGACUACUUCUGCUUGGCCUGGAUGGACAUGAGAUUUUCAAAGAGAAGCUGCACAAAGCCAAAGUGACCCAUGCAGAAUUCAACCCUCGUUGUGAUUGGCUGAUGGCUACAUCCUCUGUUGAUGCUACAGUCAAGCUGUGGGACCUCAGAAAUAUUAAAGACAAAAGCAGUUAUAUCGCUGAAUUGCCUCAUGACAAACCAGUCAAUUCUGCGUACUUUAAUCCAACAGACAGCACCAAGCUCCUGACUACAGACCAGAGGAACCAGAUCAGGGUGUAUUGUUCAUACGACUGGUCUAAACCUUACCAAAUAAUUGUUCAUCCUCAUCGACAGUUCCAGCACUUAACACCCAUCAAGGCAACCUGGCAUCCCAUGUAUGACCUCAUCGUGGCUGGCCGUUACCCAGAUGAUCAAGUAUUAGUCAAUGACAAGAGAACUAUUGACAUUUAUGAUGCUAACAGUGGUGGGCUUGUGCAUCAGCUGAGAGACCCCAAUGCUGCUGGUAUCAUAUCUCUCAACAAGUUUAGUCCAGCUGGAGAUGUGCUGGCUUCUGGAAUGGGCUAUAACAUUUUGAUCUGGAACCGAGAGGACACACUGAACAGUGUUAAUGGGAAACAAACAACAGAGAGAGUGGAGGACAGUGGAGGCAGGCCUGGAACCUCCAGGUCCCAGCGUAGCACUCAGCAGCGCACAAAUAGAGACAGAAGAGCAGCUGCUGAUGAUGCCAAGCUCAAGAAAAAGCUGUCAUCACUAUCAUCAACAGAGACCAAGACCAAGAGCAAGACAGAAUGCAAGACAUCAAAAGCAAAGAAGAAGUGAGAGAGAAUACACUGAAUUUUAAAACUAGAUACUCAGGCUCAUGUCAAUAUAUAAAUCCAACAAAAAUAAAAAAAACAGACUUGUUUUGUUACCUUUUAUAGGGCCUAAAAUAUGUAUAUUCUGUUCGAAAUAAAC